AUGGCAACAACGGCCUGCAAUUCCGAGGUCCCUCUCCUCGAUAUAGACAUCAUCCGGCAUCCCUUUCUUGGCGGCAUCCAAGACGAGGGAGGCGCGAUCUCGGGCAAGCCCCCUAUUCGGGAUUCCAUAGAUACCCGUGCAACGCCUAAGAUUCUCGAAGCAAGCAAAGUCCCGCGUGGUGGCAAUGGCUCACCAUGUUCUAACGUGCCUCAACGUCUCUUUGGGACUUCUAAUUCCUCGACCCCGGCCCCGGAAAAACGCUCGCCGGUAGGCAAAAAUACCUCUGCGAACUUCCCGGGAGAUCUUAGCUACGCAGCUGGGUGGAUAGGGCAACGGCCCGCCGCGGUCGCGACACCAUGUUCCUCCGUCUCGAGCCUCCGCAUCCCCAGCACGGCACGUCUCGGAAUCCUUCCAAAGGCGCUCAACACCACCGUGAUGCGGCCCCCAUCAACGAUGCCGUCGAACGGUUUCUCGCAAUACGCCUUUGAUAUCGCCAAGACCCUCAAGGAGAUCGUGCACUGCCGGGACGAGGGGGUCUUUCUGCGUGUCCUGCCCAAGGCCCACCUCGUGAAUCAGCAUACCUUCCAAGAGGCUUGCGCGCGCGAACAGAUGGUGCUGCAGGAGGCGAACAUGCGAAUGCUUAUCGUGCAUAAGUGUGCUGAAGACCGGGCAAAGAAGGAGGAGCAGCAACUUAUCCGUCGCUCCAAGGAACGCCAAGAGGAUCUGAAGAGGCGUCAUGCGGAGGAGCUCAUCGAACAGAAGAACACCGUGAUGCACUACAACACCGUGCUGGAGCAGGGACUUCGGGAGCGGCUCAAACUCCUCGUGCAGCUGCAGCCCCGCCUCAACCUUAUCAAUGUGGUUCUCGCGACGCUGAAGGACGAGUCCAACAACCUCUCCCUCAUCGCGGAGCUCUUGGAGGAGGCCAAGAAGCUGCAGAAGGCCCUCAAAACCGAUCUCCGCUUUAACAAGACGGCCACCCCCGAGCUCGACGGUGGGGCCCUGCCCUACUGGCUAAAGCACUGUCUGACAACCUCCUUUAACGUGGCGGCAAUCUUAAAGGGCUCCCCGUACCGCGCCGUCGUGCAGGACGCCCCAAACAUCCGCUCUAAGCUGCUCUCCGACCGGAAGAUCAUCACGAUCCGCGAGGUGCGCGGCGCGGAGUUCUCCGAGGGGGUCCUCGCGUGGGUGCACACGCGCGUCGCCCUGCCUGACGUGACGAGCGCUGCAGAGGCGUUUUUGGAGUUCGCAGAGAGCGACGCUGGGGUGCCGGCGGGGUCCUGCCAGGGCGUCGUCUGGACGAAGGAGGAUCACAACAGCGUCGUGCGCGCGGCGAAGGCAGCGGGGAACACGAUUGCCGCCCUCGGUGCGGUCAGCCGAAGCACCCUGAGCUACGGCAACGUGGCAUCGAUAGAGCUGACGGCGAAGGAUGUGAAGUCGAUCGGGGAGGCCGCCGCAGUGUAG